AUGUCCACGCAUGAAGAUGGAAUGUGCUAUUUUGCGUAGCUGACCUCGGAUUCUAUACUUGUAUUUCUUAAUAGUACAAGGCAUGGCUUUCCUUUUGACGUGCUUCUUUCUCUAUUGUUACAGCGUCUGCGGUGUUUGGGGUACACAGCACAGUGAGAGCAGCAUCUAUUUGGAUAACAUCACCCGCAUAUUGGAUAGAUUGCUGGACGGCUACGACAACAGGCUGCGACCUGGAUUUGGUGGUCCAGUGACAGAAGUCAAAACGGACAUCUUUGUCACCAGCUUUGGACCCGUUUCAGAUGUCGAGAUGGAAUACACCAUGGACGUGUUCUUCCGCCAAACAUGGAUAGAUGAGCGCUUGAAAUUUGAGGGCCCUAUUGAGAUCCUGCGGCUCAACAACCUCAUGGUCAGCAAAAUCUGGACGCCAGACACAUUUUUCCGCAACGGCAAGAGGUCGAUCUCUCACAACAUGACCACCCCCAACAAGCUGUUUCGCAUCAUGCAGAACGGAACCAUCCUCUACACCAUGAGAUUAACAAUAAAUGCUGAGUGCCCCAUGCGCCUGAUGAACUUCCCGAUGGAUGGACAUGCAUGCCCACUCAAAUUUGGGAGCUAUGCUUACCCCGUGAGCGAGAUCAUGUACACGUGGAAGAAAGGUCCUCUGUCUUCUGUUGAGGUGCCACAGGAGUCAUCCAGUCUCCUGCAGUACGACCUCAUUGGUCAGAGAGUGUCAAGUGAAAGGCUAAAGUCCAACACAGGGGAAUACGUCAUCAUGACCGUCCACUUCCAUCUGCAAAGAAAGAUGGGCUUUUUCCUGAUCCAGACAUACAUUCCCUGUAUUAUGACGGUGAUCUUGGCUCAAGUCUCCUUCUGGAUUAACAAGGAAUCAGUUCCUGCUCGGACAGUAUUUGGUAUCACCACUGUGCUUACCAUGACCACGCUCAGCAUCAGUGCCCGCCACUCCCUCCCCAAAGUCUCCUACGCCACAGCCAUGGAUUGGUUCAUCGCUGUUUGCUUUGCCUUCGUCUUCUCUGCCCUCAUCGAGUUUGCGGCUGUCAACUACUUUUCCACGCUGCAAGCCAACCGGGAGCUACGCAAAGCGGCAGCCAUGAAGGCGGCGGCUCAAGAGGCCGUAGCUGCAGCUGCCACCCCAGCUGCUGGUGCAGGAAAUGAUGGAGAGGUCUCCUCAGCGGAUGCGAGCAACAUGUUGAAGAAGAGAAUGAAUUCCACGCCCCUCUUCGACCGCCCGGCUAAAACGUUCCCCAACCCGCCCGUCAGCGCCCAGGCCUUCUUGCAGCAAGGCUCCGCUGUGCCGGCCAACAACGUCCUGACGGGCACGAGCAUCAUCGACAAGUACUCUCGCAUCCUCUUCCCGCUUUCCUUUGGCGCCUUCAACCUGGUCUACUGGAUUGUGUACCUCACCAAGGACACCAUGGAGAUGACCAGGGACACCAUCUGAAACCGGAGAACAUGGACAUCACACAGAUGCAACUGCAGAGACACCCACAUAUCAUGUAUACAAGAGUGUGGCCCAUUCAUAACACUGGUCUCAUCACCCGUUCAUUGUGUGCGUGUGUGUGUGUGAUGCAUGGAAAGAAAGUCUCUAAUGAUGCGUCAGUGCACUGUCUGUCUUUUUAGAUUUGCUUUCAUACAAUAAUAAAAAAAGUGUCUUUAGAGUAGAUUGCCAAUGCUAUUGCCAACUUGAGCCGUGUGAGUUGGCUUCAUCUACUUACUGUAUGUCUUCUUAAGACUUUAAAAACUCCUUUAUCCAUAUCAUUGGGGACUAUGGAUUGAUGUUGACUGGUGGCAAGGCUGAGGAGCAGCAGGCUCUGCUUAACUUUUGUUAUGCAUGUCCAGACUCUGUCGAUGAGACACUGCAUGUGUUUGUAAAUCAUACAUUCACCUCGCUUUGUCUUUUAUUUCUUUCUUUAUUUUUCUUAUUUUUAGAUGGCAUGAGUGUACCCCACUCGAUGGACUGACCUAUCCUCUUUAAUUAUCACUUCACACUCAAUCGCAUCAUUUCUCCGUGCGAUUGCGAGGAAAGAGGACUUGAGGGAACAUCUUCAAAAUAGAACAUUUUCAAGUGGUGUGCUACUGCCGAUACUUUGCACAAAUGGGAUACGACAGUAUUCUAUCCACUUGGAAGCUCUUUUUUUUUUUCCCGGGGAGGACGGUGACCAUUUUUGGGGUUUUAACUGCAACAUAGAAAAAUUGUCUGAAUAUGCACCCAAUGGGAAAUUACUGCUGGGUGAUGUUAUUUGACCAUACCUGAUUUUAUUUUUUAAAAACAUGCUGGUGGUGAAAAUUAAAGAUGGGCAAGAUAUUUAUCAGUUUCAGAAAGGUUGAAAUAAAAUAAUGUAAGGUUCUAGCCUUCAACGGGAUUUCCCAAAUAGAGUUGCAUUUAAUGUCUGUGGAAACACAGGAUUGAGCCAAAAGCUUUCCCAAGAUUGCUCUUUAUAACAUUAUUCAUAGUAUACUGUAUGCAUUCAUGCAUUUUCGAUUCUGCUCGUCCUUAUCAGAGCCACGAGUGAGCCGGAGCAUACCCUAGCUAACUUCAUGCAGGAGGUGUGAUAUAACCUGCUCUGGUUUCCAGUCAAUCUAAGUAGUUACAGUGUCAAACAUUUCUUACAAUAAAAUAAAAUAAAUUUAAAAAAAAGCUUAGAUAAAUGGGUUGCUUAAUGUAUGUAUUUAAUGUAUAAAAUGUUUUCUCAAUGGCACGUCAAAUGUGUAGUGUACCUUUCAGCUGUCUGCUGGGAUAAGCUCCAACUCCCUGCAACCCUGAACAGAAUAGGUGAUGAAAAAAAAAAAAAUUGACGGACAGAUGGAUGAAUGAAUGCAAUACGUUGUUUGCCUUAUAUGUCUCAAAAGAAGACGUUACUUUAGUUUUCUAUGGGUGUUGCCCAAGGUUAGCAAUCAUUGGUGCAAUAGAUUCUUUCAACUUGGUAGAAAAGCUGGUGAAUCACUCGUUUUGAGGUCGACAUGUAGUCAUGAAUAUAAUUGUAACAAUUGCGACUGGAGUCCCCCCAAAAUGGAAGAAUGAAUUACAUUGCUGCAAAAGACGAACAGAGCAAAAAACAGUGAAAGUAUAAGAGAUUUUUAAGGCAAAGUAUGGGAUAUCAUUGGCUGGGUCGGGCUGUAUGCAAGAAACGUGGCUUUGAAUGAUCUAUUUUGUUAUUGUUAUUUUAAUAUCUUUAUUUCCCCCAAAACUAGUUCAAGCUAAUGGAAGACAGGUGAGAGUUCUGAUAGGGCGUCUUGCGUGACCCUCUGCAAGCGUAGUGAAGUUUAUGAAUGAUGAAGGAGUUUGGGAACCUGUGCACCGCAGCAAUCAGAAUACCAACAGGUCUGUAAGUGGAGAGGCAGUGUUUUGAAAUGAGAAUCUUUCAGUAUGUUUGUUUGUUUUUUUUCUGAAAGAUUAUGGUGCCAAAAAUGUAGACAAUCUCAAUAAUAUAGUGAAUGAGCAGGUUUUUCCAUCUGUGUAUUUGUUUCUUCCUGAAGAUGCAUGCAUUGAACCCAAAUUUUGAAAAAUUGAGGUUGUGCUUUACACUCUGUCUCACAACAACUGUUGGUGGUAAUAAAUGUUGUAACAUUGUCCAAAUUGAUCAAAACGAUGCCACGGUGAAUGCAUGCAGUGAUUUUUUUUGGGUGGGGGGCUGGAAGUUUAUGAUAAUAAAGACUUUUAUUGAAUAUAUCAGAAACUGAAUGAGGGGGAAGGACAGAAAACACAUUACUGUUCAUACACUAAGGCUUCUUUGUAUCUAAGCAACAGCAUAUGCACACUUGAGAAAAUGAUGAUUGUCAUUCCUCCUGAAAAAUGUAUCCAAUUAUCACACUUUUUUUCAUGAAGUAAAGAGUGUUCGCCAGUACUUAAUUGAGAAGACAGCUUCUGUUUUUUUUUUUUUAAUUCUCAUUUAACGGUGGGCAAAAAAUAGAAACCUCAGCACAGAAUCAUCAAUUAUCCAGGAUGCCAAAACACAUUUGUUAGUAAUCCAGUUGUGUGGAUUAUGCAUAGUUUACAGCUAAGCGGUAACGUUGUGUUGUCUAAAUAUGCACUGGCUCACCACAUCCAUCAUCCGAUUGCUUUUUCUCAUUAAAUGUGUCUCCUAUUAACAAAAGGCAUCUUUCCAUAUGACAACCAACGCUGUUAUAGCUCGGUCCCAAAACAUACACUACAUCCAUUACAUCUAAUAUAUUGUACAUCGGUUAUUAAUAACUGUAUAAUGUGUAGUUACAUAUAUGGUUUCAAUAUGAUUUUGAAAUAUAAAUGUUGAUGAUUACUUCUCCAACAAAAAAUAUAAAUAAUACAAUUACAAACACCAUCAUCAUCAUCAUAGUAAUUUUAUAUUUUAAUCCUUUUUUAUCUGUACAAAUCAAUGUAUGAGAAAAAUGUGGUCUGCUCUGUAAAUGUAGUAUGAAAAAAGUAUGAGUGGUAAAAAAAAAAAAAACAUUGACAUAUUCUUAGUUUUUUAUUUAUUUGAUUAGUCCGGUCU